CUCUCUCUCUCUAAGAACUCGAACUCUGUCUCUCUCUCUCUCUCUCUCUGGUAGAAUUCUCCCAUUCCUGAAAGGAGCUUCCGGCAGUCACCGAUUUCUUUGCAGUAUUCCGAUCCAGUAAGAUACGGUUGUGGGGCAUUCCAUUCCGCCAGAUUUUGCCGUUUUUACUUCUCUCUCUCUCUCUCUCUAAAUUUAGGGUUUCCUCUUCGUUUCUGGUAAUCUCGUUUUGAUUUCAUUUGUUCUUCGAUUUCUGUUGUGUUCUUGUAUUUCUUCGUUCUUCGUUCGUUAUUCUUUCUGUAAUCCUUUAUUUUUUGUUUUAUUUGAUCUCAAAAAACCUAAAAAAGAAGAUAAAUUGUCGUUGUUCUUUCCGGAUAUAUUCGGUGCGAGUGCUUUCUUAGUAAUUUCCCCUUUGUUCCCUCGCCUGUGCUUCAAUCUGGGUAUACGUUCUCAUCGAGAAACUCCCUGAAAUUUUGGUGGGCUUUGUUUUUGUUUGCUAUCCGAAAUUGGGAGUUUUUUGUUUCUCGCUUUUUUUUUACUGCGGGAUCUUUUCCACUAGUUUUUUUUUUUUUUUUUUUCCUCUUAAUUUUGUCAAUCCUUCUUUCCCCUUGGCGCCGGAAAUCAAUAGAAAAAUCUUGGGAUAGGGUGUACCUGUAAUGGCCUUGAAUUUUUCAUAUCGACCCAUCUUUCCCGCACAUCUUUCGGAGGAAAAUUCGGUUUCUCCGAUGAACAUUUCAGGUGCUCCCGAGAGAAAUUCUGACGUUUAUGGGAUGUCCUGGCUGAUUAAUCGGGAGCUAGAGAAUUGCCUUGAUUUUUUAGAGGACACCUGUGAAGGGGGUGGGUCGCGAGAUUGUGUCCCGGGGGAUGUUCUGGAUCUCUUGCCUUCAGAUCCAUUUGGAAUGGAUAUAAGUACCACUUUUACAGCGAUCACUGGCUGGCUGGACGAUCUGAAUGUAGACUAUGGUGGUGGUGGUGGUGGUUAUGGAAGAGAUGAGAGAGUUUUAGUUGAUGAGAGUAAUCAGCUUUUUGCUGGAUUGAACUAUAUUUGGAACAAUGCUUUUAGGCUCCAGUCGUUUCCCCAUGGAAAUGAAGGAAUUGUUCAUAGUUCUGGUGAGCGGGGGGGAUUCAGUGAGUGGUCUGAUGGGAGAAAAGUAGGUGGUUUGUCCUGCCAUACUGAUCCUCAAUCAUCAUAUGUUGUGGAUACAAUUCAGACCCUUGGUAUUGAACCUGAAAUUUCUGGAGGGGGAUUUGGUUCGUGGUCCGAUGAAAGAAAUGCAGGUGGUUUAUCCUGCCAUAGUGAUCUUGAAUCACCAUUUGUUCUGGAUACAAUUAAAACUCUUGGUACUGAACCUGAAAUUUCUGGAGGGGGAUUUGGUGCGUGGUCUGAUGUGAGAACAGCGGGCUGUGUAUCUUUCCAUACCGAUCUUGAGUCACCACGACAUGUUGUGGAUACGAAUCAGACUUAUAGUAUUGAACCUGAAAUUUCUGGAGGGGGAUUUGGUGCGUGGUCUGAUGGGAGAACAGCAGGCUGUGUAUCUUUACGUACCGAUCUUGAGUCGCCACGACAUGUUAUGGAUACAAUUCAGACUCUUGGUAUUGAGCCUGAAAUUUCAGAAGGGGGAUUCGGUGCAUGGUCCGAUGGGAGAACAGCAGGCUGUGUAUCUUUCCGUACUGAUCUUGAGUCACCACGACACGUUGUGGAUACAAUUCAGACUCUUGGUAUUGAGACUGAAAUUUCAGGAGGGGGAUUCAGUACGUGGUCUGAUGGGAGAACAGCAGGCUGUGUAUCUUUCUGUACUGAUCUUGACUCACCACGAUAUGUUGUGGAUACGAUUCAGACUUAUAGUAUUGAACCUGAAAUUUCUGGAAGGGGAUUCGGUGCAUGGUCUGAUGGGAGAACAGCAGGCUGUGUAUCUUUACGUACCGAUCUUGAGUCACCACGACAUGUUGUGGAUACAAUUCAGACUUUUAGUAUUGCACCUGAAAUUUCUGGAGGGGGAUUUGGUGCGUGGUCCGAUGGGAGAACAGCAGCCUGUGUAUCUUUACGUACCGAUCUUGAGUCACCACGACAUGUUGUGGAUACAAUUCAGAAUUUUAGUAUUGAACCUGAAAUUUCUGGAGGGGGAUUUGGUGCAUGGUCUGAUGGGAGAAGAGCAGGUGGUGUAUCUUGCCAUACUGAUCCUGAAUCACCACCAUAUGCUCUGGAUAUAAUUCGUACUCUUGAUAUCGAACCCGAAAUUUCUGAGGUGCAAACUGUAGUUCUUGAAGAGGGAAAUUGUGUCUCUUCCGAUGCAGGCGAACCUCCUCACGCAGCUUUAAAUUUUGUGCUCGGUUAUCUGGGAACGCGGGAACUUCUCGUUAUUGAAUCGGUUUGCAAGUCCCUGCAGUCAACUGCAGAAGACGACCCUUUCUUUUGGAGAAACAUUAACAUAUGUGGAAAGGUGGAUGUGAAAAUUACAGACGACAUUCUCUUAAAAUUGACUAGCAAGGCUCAAGGUGGUCUGGAAAGUCUGAGCCUUGUGAACUGUGUAAUGAUAAGUGAUAAUGGUCUCAACGAGGUUCUUCUCAAUAAUCCUAAGGUCACAAAGUUAUGUGUUCCGGGAUGCACGAGGCUCACCAUUGGAGGCAUUGUAGAUAGUUUGAAGGCCUUCAAGUCGAAAGGUAGACCGGGAUUGAAACAUUUAAGUAUAGCAGGAAUGUAUGGAGUAACAGAAGCUCAUUUUAAAGAGUUGGAGAAGCUGUUAUUAGGAACUGACAACUUGACUCAGCUAAACACCCACGAGCCUCGAUUCUAUCGGGGUGGAAUUCAUUUUCCAUCGUGCAACGAUGGACGUGCCAUCGACAUAGAACAAUGCCCGAAAUGCAUGAACAUGAGGAUUGUUUAUGACUGCCCGGUGGUUGGGUGCAAGGGAAUAAAAGAAGGCGACACCGACCCAAACACGAACGCGCAGAGAUGCAGGGGAUGCACGCUUUGUAUAGCUCGAUGCAAUUGGUGUGGACGUUGUAUCGAUGAGACAGUACACGAGGAGACGUUUUCUCUGGAUUUGCGUUGCAUUGAUUGUGGGAAGAAGAUAUCCAAAUGUGAAUAGCUGCUGCUGGGUAAUGAGUUGCUUAUUAUUAUUUAUUACUAUUACUGAACAAGAUUUUGAUUUAAUUUCCAUUUUUGUUGUUCAUCUCUAUUCAUUUGGUCCUGAAGGAGUUCUGUAUUAUUUUGAAAUUUGUGUUAAAGUGCUGCACCAUUCAUUCAUCUAUGUUCUUCCUUGUUACAACUUGGAUGUCAUGUUGUUGGGAAGUUUCAAUAAUGAAAAUGAAAUAUAUAUGAUGUUGGGAAGUUACAAUUUGUU